CCACCCGUGUCAGGAACCCUGGAUUCCGGAGUGCGGGGACCACGCGUGACUCCGCGGGCCCAGCCGUGGAUGUGCCUGUGUGGCCCCGCGAGCUGCUUACGCUCCCCUGGCGGCUGUGUCCACACUCCACCCUCUGCUCCCCCGCAGUAGCUCCGACGCGGGGGCCAUGAUACUUUCAAGGCUGUUCUCAGCAAGACCGCGGACCGUGUUUGAGGGCACGGGGCGCCAGCUUCCCGCCGCCCUGGCUGGCCUCACGCCCGGCUGGUGCCUUCCGAGGCAGGCUGCUCCCAGGCUGCUGUCGGUGGGCCGCGCAGACCACGCCAAGCAUCAGGAGCCCCCCAGAAAGAAGCUGCUCUCCGAGAAAAAGCUGAAAAGGCACUUUGUAGACCAUCGGAGAGUGCUCGUGCGCGGGGGAAACGGAGGCGCUGGGGCGAGCUGCUUCCACAGCGAGCCCCGGAAGGAGUUCGGAGGCCCGGACGGUGGGGAUGGAGGCGACGGCGGCCACGUCAUCUUGAGAGUUGACCAGCAGGUCAAGUCUCUGUCGUCGGUCCUGUCCCAGUACCAGGGUUUCCAUGGGGAAGACGGCGGCAGGAAGAACUGCUUUGGGCGAGGCGGAGCUGUCCUCUACAUCCGGGUCCCCGUGGGCACGUUGGUGAAGGAGGGAGAUGACGUCGUGGCAGACCUGUCUCGCCCGGGCGACGAGUACAUCGCGGCGCUGGGGGGUGCGGGGGGAAAAGGCAACCGCUUCUUCCUGGCCAACGACAACCGCGCCCCCGUGACUUGUACCCCCGGACAGCUGGGUCAGGAGCGAGUUCUCUACCUGGAGCUCAAGACUGUGGCCCACGCUGGCAUGGUCGGAUUCCCCAAUGCCGGGAAGUCCUCGCUCCUCCGAGCCAUUUCGAAUGCGCGACCCGCCGUGGCUGCCUACCCGUUCACCACCUUAAAUCCCCACGUCGGGAUCGUCCACUACGAAGGCCACCAGCAAAUUGCAGUGGCGGACAUCCCCGGCAUCAUCCGAGGCGCCCACCAGAACAGGGGCCUGGGGUUCGCCUUCCUCAGACACAUAGAGCGCUGCCGGUUUCUGCUGUUCGUCGUGGACCUCACCCUGCCAGAGCCGUGGACGCAGGUUGAGGAUUUAAAAUACGAACUGGAGAAGUACGAGGAAGGCCUGUCCGAGAGGCCCCACGUAGUCGUUGCAAACAAGAUCGACCUCCCGCAGGCCCGAGCCAGCCUGCCCCUGCUGCAGGAGCGCCUGGGCCAGGAGGCCAUUGCGCUGUCGGCGGUGACCGGGGAGAACCUGGAGCAGCUGCUGCUGCGCCUGAAGGUGCUGCACGACGCCGACGCGGAGGCCGAGCUGCGGCAGGGCCGCCAGCCGCUCCGGUGGUAGCUGAGGCACCGCCGUCGCCGCCCCCCAAGGACCGGGGGCGCAAGGUGUGGGUCAUGUGUCCAGGAAAGGCAGAGCGGCCUCCAGGCCCCACAUGAGCAAACCUGGGUGUGAACUGUCAGUGGCUUUGAGGGUGUAAGAGAAAGUGCU